AUGGAGAACACCAGCACGGCGGAAGCGCAACCAUCGACCACGGAUACGCCCGCCAAGAAGGGACGACGAGGGAAACGGGACGCCGGGAGCGACGACUCGAAGAAGAGAAGGUGCAUUUCUUCGGCCUGUGUGCCCUGCAGGAAGCGCAAGUCCAAAUGCGACGGCACCACACCAGCCUGCUCGGCCUGUGCCGCCGUUUACAACACGCCAUGCAUCUACGAUCCGAACUCGGACCACCGCCGCAAAGGUGUCUACAAAAAGGACAUCGACAACCUCAAAACGCGCAAUUCAACCCUCCAGACCCUUAUACAAGCCAUUCUCAAUUAUCCCGAGGACGCAGUUGCAGACCUAGUCCAGCAGAUUCGCACAUGUGAGAGUCUCGACUCGGUCGCUGAGGCCAUUAUUGCCAAGGAGAAUGGAGAAGAGGAUGACGAUGAGCCCCUCAGUCCAAUUGCACCGCCCGCAGCGGCGCCUCCAGAGGGAAGCUUUGAGAGCCAGCUGAGCGGCAAGAUGGGCGAGCUGCGGCUCGAGGAUGGUUCUACAAGAUACAUUGGCGGAACGUCGCAUCUCAUCUACCUAGGCAAGGGCAACGACACCGUUGACUCGCCCGACACGUAUUCGGACGACCAGUUCCAAGAGACGCAGGACCCAUUUUGCUCGUGGACUACCGUGACCUCGGACCCGGAGCUGGUGCAGCAUCUGAUCAGUAUGUACUUUUGCUGGCACUAUAGCUUCUUCACAACCCUAUCCAAGAAUUUGUUUCUGCAGGAGUUCAGGCUUGGCAAACCGCUGCCCGGAUCUGGAAGGAAGAAUCAGUACUGCUCGCCCUUACUGGUCAAUGCCAUGCUGGCACUCGGAUGUCACUUCACGUCAUGGCCUGCUGCCAGAGCCAUACGCGAUGAUUCAGCAACGGCUGGAGACCAUUUCUUCAGGGAGGCCAAGCGACUGAUUAUGGAGGAUGAUUUGCACGAGGUCCCUGCAUUGACGACAGUGCAGGCUCUAGCUUUGAUGUCCGUACGCGAAGCCGGUUGUGGGCGGGAAGCAAAAGGCUGGGUGUACAGCGGCAUGUCCUUCCGGAUGGCAUGCGAUCUCGGCCUCAAUCUGGGCAUGCAUAGCAGGGAUGUCAUCGAUGAGAACGAGGAAGAUGCACGAAGGAUCACAUUUUGGGGCUGCUUCUUGUUCGACAAGUGUUGGAGCAACUACCUCGGGAGAUUACCCCAAUUGCCCAACACGAUUCUCACAGUACCCAAAUUCGACGUCUUCCCUGUUGAGGAUGCAGAGACAUGGAGUGCAGUCACAGACUCUGGUCUAAGUCAGGCACACUCGCAGCCUAGUAGGACGCGCGCAGUUGCUCUCCAAAUUUCAAAGCUCUGCGAGAUUUCUAGCGACUUGAUGAAUGCUUUCUACAACCCCAUUGAUAUGGACAAGGCCAAGGGAAGACAGGCAGAGCUGAAAAAGCUCAGUGAGAUACACAUGAGGUUGGAGACGUGGAGACGGGAGCUCCCGAAAGAGCUAGAACCGAAAGAGGGUGGCUUGCCCCAUAUGCUUGUCAUGCACAUGUUCUUUCAGUUGCUUUACAUCCAUCUCUUUCGUCCAUUCCUAAAAUACAACCCAAACAAUUCACCACUUCCUGCCCAUGUCUCUCCCCGAAAGCUCUGUACCCAGGCUGCUGCCAUGAUUUCCAAACUACUACGGUUAUACAAGCGAUCCCAUGGCUUGCGGCAGAUAUGCAACAUCUGCGUGUAUAUCGCGCACUCUGCUUGCACAAUACAUCUUCUCAAUCUACCUGAGAAGAACGCAAAGCGUGACAUCAUCCAUGGUGUCAAGCAUCUGGAGGAGAUAGCAGAAGGAUGGCUGUGCGCUCGACGAACGCUUGGAAUCCUCAGCGUACUGGCAAAGCGCUGGAACGUCGAGCUACCAGAAGAAGCUGCCACAGUGCUUUCCCGCACUGAUGCCAAGUUUAGUCCCUGGAAUGAGGUCAGCACUCCAAAAGCACAGCGCCGCGCGUCUGUACAGACCAACCAGCAUCCUUCGCCAGCGGAUCAGGCUUCACCGAGUCUCCAACCAUACAGCAUGAACAUGGCCAAAAUGACAGCACCACAACUGUACAACCGAAUAGCCAUAGCAAACAAUAGCUCCGUAAGCUCUAACCCUUCUGCCCGUCCUUCUAGCACCCACUCUCUACCUCCCUCGGACCCAAACGCUCUGGCUUACAUGCGUACUCAGCAAUAUCCCACUACACCCCAGAGUUAUUCGGCUACCCUGAAUGCUCCUACUCCAGCCUCGACACAAGGACGCCGAUCCGUCGACGGCGGCAACACCACUGCUGGGAACUCGCCAAGUCAGCUGUUUGGUGGUGUUGAUCAGCUACUACGCGAAGGCCAGGAUUGGAUCUACCGCGAUCAAACACAACUUGCAACUGAUUUCGAAAAUUGGAACCCCCAAGGAGUAGAUGAUAUAGCGAGUUGGUUUGCUAGUACAGCCAAUCCUACAGGCAUGUUCCAGCCUACAACUAAUGUUGCUCCUAACACCAGCAAUGAGAUUAGUGGUGGUCCGGUGGGUGGCAGUGGUGAUGAUGGCGUCACAGCCGCUACCAAUGGAUAUCCCAACGGAAGGUUCAACGGCAAUGUCAAUAAUUCCAAUGUAAAUGGGUUUGGGACCAUGGGACUCAAUGGCGCAGGCUUGCAGGGAUUUACCUACGAUGAGCAGAGUUGGUAUCAAUGA